GGUAGCAGAAAGAGCUUCCUCCGUCGCUCUGCAACGAACAAGGAAGCAGCGCAAGCUUCUCAAACGAAAAGGUAUGCACAAUUCUCGACCUGCUGAGACCGAAUUUUCUUCUCACCACUUCGAUUUCGCAGCGAAAGUCAGGGAGAAGCGGAAAUCGGUGAAGGAGAAGAAGCUCAAGGAAAAAUCGAAUGUCACUCCGCUCGUGACCAAGUACUGGCUCCAGAGGUACGAUCUCUUCUCCAAAUACGACGUCGGCGUCAAAUUGGACGAAGAGGGGUGGUUUUCCGUCACGCCGGAGGAAAUCGCCGCCAGCCAGGCCCGCCGCUUCGCCGGUGCCGGUGUUGUGAUUGAUGCCUUCGCCGGUGUCGGGGGAAACGCAAUUCAGUUCGCGAAAGUGUGCCAUCAUGUUGUUGCCAUUGAAAUUGACCCAAAGAAGGUUGCCCUGGCAUCUCAUAAUGCUAAGAUUUAUGGUGUUCAAGAUAAAAUAGAUUUCGUAGUGGGAGAUUUUUUCCAGCUUGCUCCUUUCUUGAAGGGAGACGUGGUAUUUCUUUCACCACCUUGGGGUGGACCGUCAUAUAAGGCAAAAGAAAAUUUUACACUCGACUUGUUGAAGCCAAAAGACGGCCAUUCUUUGUUUCAAGUUGCCCAGGCGAUAACAUCAAACAUCGUUAUGUUCUUGCCUCGAAACGUCAAUGUGCUCCAAGCAAGCGAGCUUUCAUGGCUGUCUUCUCCUCCAUUAGAUAUUGAGGUGGAAGAGAAUUUGGUGCAUGGUAGGUUGAAGGGAAUUACAGUCUAUUUUGGGGACUCGAAGCUGUGUGUGUAGCCACAUCAGCUAAGCCGAAUACCAGUAGGCUCGAGCAGUUGGAUACUGAGCUCAAGCUCGAAUGGGUAAAUAUUCAUUAAAUUAAGCUCGCUUGCCGAUUUUUUGUAACUGUUAUUCAGGCUCUAGCUCGACUUGUGUUAAAAAUGCGGAACUUGUUAUUUGAGCUCGAGCACGACAGCCAAGGCACGAGCUUGAGCUUGUUCAAGAGCUUGUCUAACUUAAAAUGAAGAGCAUGAAGCAUUGACACUUGAUCAUGAAGAUCUUAUGAUACUGUUCGAGAUUGAAUCAUCUUGAGAUUGAUAGAGAUUAAUUUUGCAAUC